AUGCUCUGACAUUUAUAAUUGGAACAAUAAUAAAAUGAAAAAAGAAAAUGGACCAAAAACUCCACUCUAUGCGAACCUCGAAGGCAGAAAACUUGUGUAGAAGAAAGCGGGAAAUCUGUAUCUACUCUCUUAACACUCAGAAGAACAAAUGGCAUUUCCGCAUCUCUCUUCUUCAACAAAUUGGAAUUCGCAUAUUUCUCAUUCCAAUCCCAAUUUGCAGAAAUUCCUUUCGCCAUUAAUAAGCACCCAAUUUGGACAAUGCUUUCGAAUAUCCCACUCACUUCCCACCCAUCUCUACUGAUCAGAACUUACCACAAGGUUUUAUAAAAUCGCUAUCUUCUUUUCAACACUCGGCACCUAUCCAUUUCUCUCUUAGCCCUCAAACCCUCUUGGCUCCGUCAUGAGCUGCUGCAACUGCAACUGCAGUGUGGAAAACGGAAAGCCCAGAAUUUUGGCUGUCAUUCUUGAUUUGGAUGGGACCCUUUUGGAUACAGAGAGAGCUACAAAGGGUGUUUUGAAGGAAUUUUUGGCAAAGUACGGUAAGGUUUUGGAUGAGGAAAAGGAAGGGAAAAAGAGGUUGGGGAUGACACUGAAAGACUCAGCUUCAGCCAUUGUUAAGGACUAUGAUCUUCCGUUGACACCUGAUCAGUAUAUCGACGAAAUCAUUUCCACGUAUCGAGAAAAGUGGAUAAAUGCCAAGGCACUUCCCGGUGCUAAUCGACUUAUCAAGCAUCUCUAUGAUCAUGGAAUACCGUUUGCUCUUGCUUCAAACUCUUUACAAGAAUAUAUUGAUUCAAAAAUAUCUCAUCAAAGAGGUUGGAAGGAAUGCUUUUCAGUAAUUCUUGGCAGUGAUCAGGUUAAAGCCGGGAAGCCCUCACCAGAUCUAUUUGUAGAGGCAGCAAAGAGAAUGGGUGUCGAUGCACUUCAUUGCCUGGUGAUUGAAGACUCGUUAGUUGGUGUUAAAGCUGCCACUGCUGCCAAAAUGGAGGUAGUGGCUGUUCCACCGCAAACUGAAGCUGGUUGUUCUUCCCUAGCAAAUACAGUCCUUCAUUCUCUUCUAGAAUUUCAGCCUGAGCUUUGGGGUCUCCCACCAUUCAAAGACUGGGUAGAAAAUGCCUUGCCAAUUGAACCAAUUCAUCUUAGUGGUCUAUAUGUCAAUGGGUUUGUGCAUGAAGUCACAGAGGAUGGAAUAUAUGCUCUUCCUGACCAAGUUUUCGGAGUUUUGUUUGGGUGGGCUGAAGUUGAUGCUUGUAGGACCUUCAAGGCUGUGGUUUGCAUUGGACGGGAUCAAUGUUCCUGUACUCGUAAGAAAAUAAUUCAAUUGUGCAUGGUUGAUGGGAGCAACGACUGUAUAUCCAAUCAGCAAAUGAAGAUCCUGCUUGUUGGUUACAUACAUAGUUUGAAUGGCAAGAGUUAUGGGUAUCCACCAGAAAAUGCAACCAUGGAUACAGAAGUACUAGAAGAAUAUAAGUCUAUUGCGAGGGCUUCAUUGGAUCUACCAAUGUUUAUUCAGGAUUCUUACAUGCUUUCAAAAGCUUCAUGUGGAGGUCAUGGUUGCCUUUGAUGUGAAAGAAUAUGAUUGUAAUCUUCUGCAGUUCUUUAUUACUCCAAUAAGAAGUUACAACUAAAUCAUAGAACUUUAUUUAUAGAUAUAUAUUGCAGACUGAUUCAAAUAGUGGAAGUCAAAUGGUUUUUCUUUA